AUGGGAUACGAAAGAUACAUGCAUAGUCACACUUACAAACAGAAAAAGAGGACGACUGUAGAUCAACACCGUCGGAGAGAUGGGCUAUUCGUCGCGUUUGUGGAGGGUGGCAUUGAACAAGUGCAAGCCUUCAAACAAUCAACCGGGAAUUCCCUCUUUACAGAAGCAAACCCCUCGACUGGAGCAGCCCGUGUCAAAGGCUGCCAGGGAAACAUCAUUCCGAGCCCAAAAUCUGCUUUACCGAACCAACUGUUGCUUGAUGUGCCCAUCAUUGCCUCUCCCAAGUGUGCCCCGGAGAACCCCGCGAGGCCGAACUCUCCCGGUCACAUUGGAACAAGAUCAGCCACGCCACAUGGGAGCAGUGCAUGGCCGGUCAGAACUGACAACGCUCCGAUAUGCAUCAAAGAACACGAUCCCUUGCGGUUGGCUCACCAACUUUCUCAGAAGCCAUUUGUUUAUCUGGUGGAUGAUUGGGAGCCCGGUGGUUCCGUUGUUGGUAUACUUAGUUGUCUAGUACCUGCAAGAACAUCCCCGGAGUUUGCAUCGGCUCCCGCGUUGACAAUAUACCGCUACUGUCCCAUGACUACCCCUGCCUGUCCCAUUAGAACCAUUGGCCAACCAGUGCCGCAUGUAGCAUGUCCAUACGCCAUCGCAGGGAUAUCUCGCGUUAUCGCACUUAAGAAGAACCAAAGAAGGAGCUCCAUCGGUGUUCUACAACACAGAGACAAGGACAAAGUGAUUGCGCUGGAGGCUCAAGUUCCUAAGACGGUCUCGUUCGAUGUGUGUGAAGUCCUGGUAGCUAUUGACGAAGCUCACUGGAAUCGGGUCCUCUGGUUAAGAACAUCGUGUAGAGGGUCAGGUUUGUCCGCGCACGAUGUCUCUUCCUCCGAGGUCAACCCCGGUGUACCUACUGAAGCAUCCAUUAAAGAGUCCACGACCGAGGAAUGGUAUAUCAGAUGUUUCACACAGCAGUAUGUCGCCGUAGAGGUGACUGAACGUCGAGGUGUUGGCUUUGUGGCUUCAGAUAUGGAUAUGGAGCGACAGGGUAAUCUAGACCUGAGCACAGGCGCAACCCCCGAAUAUUGUCCAUGGAGAGUAUUGAUUAACGAGCUUAAUAAAGGGACUAACCGAGGGGGGGAAAGAGAGCGUAAAGAGGUCCUUACAAGGGAAGGUUUACAUUGGCAAAGCUACGCACUUUCUCUCCAGGCAUCACCCGAUCAUUCGCCCCCUCCGUGGUCUCCGACCACUACCGUUUACAGCACCAACCAACGAUCAUCUUAA